CCCCCCGCCCCGGCACCUGCUGCGGCUCCGGCUCCGGCCAUGGGCGCGCUGCCGCCGGGCGCGCUGGCGCUGGCUGCGCUGCUGGGUGUCUGCUCAGCUGUGCUGGAGGUGCACGUGGGGACAGGCUCCGUCUUCUCCGUGGAGGGGCAGGGAGUGGUGCUGCCUGCCUGGUACACCAGCCGCUCACAGAAAAAGCCCUAUGUCACUUGGCUGCUGGAUAAGGCUGAUGCUGACCCCUUCCAGAUCCUAACAUACCUGGAUGGGGUGGUGAAGGUGGAGGAGACAGAGCUGAAGCCCCGCGUGGGGUUCCUGUACCCUGUCCUCACCCACAACAUCUCAGUUUUCAUCAACUCCACACGGGAGCGUGACUCAGGCCAGUAUAUGUGCACUGUCAACGUGGUGGAUGAUGCCACCAGCACGGGCAAGAACGUGGCCGUCAUCAACCUCACGGUGCUGGUGCCGCCAGCCCCCCCCGCCUGCCAGCUUCGGGGCAGCCCCGCGGUGGGGGCCAACGUGACGCUGAGCUGUGCCUCUGAGAAGGGCAAGCCCUCACCAGCCUACCAGUGGCAGCGCAUGGCGCCCACCCUGCAGGUCUUCUUCCCCCCUGCCCAGGACCGGGCUAGGGGCACCCUCAAGCUGACGAACCUCUCGCUGGACAUGUCGGGCCUCUACAAAUGUGUGGCUGAGAACCAAGCAGGCUCAGCUGAGUGCCGCAUCAUCCUGGAGGUGCACUCAACCAGGGAGGGGGCCAUCAUCGCUGGUGCCGUGCUGGGUUCCCUGGGUGCUCUAGCUACUGUCGCCUUCUUUGCCCGCCGGCUUGUCGGCUACCGGAGGAAGAAACGUGACGGCCAGGAGGAGGCAGCCAACGAGAUCAAGGAAGAUGCCGUGGCCCCCAAAACCCCCUCCUGGACACGGACCCCCCCCGCAGAUGCCAUCUCCAAGACCAGCACCUUGUCUUCCAUUGCGGGUGCCCGGGACAGACCCUAUGGGGCCUCACCCCUCUCCGACACUGCCUCUGUCCUCACAGCUGCUGGCAGCUACCGGGGACCCCACCGGGCUGGGGGAUGCCCCCCUCCCACCAACGGGGCCCCCUGGCACCCCCCGCAGCCCCCUGCCACUCCAGGGGGGCUGCCCCCUUCCAGCCUGGCACGGGCAGGUGCUGUCCCUGUCAUGGUGCCAGCACAGAGCCGGGCCGGCUCCUUGGUGUGACCCCCCGAAUAAUGGGAUUGUCCCCCUCUGACAUCUCACCCUGCCCACUUUUGGGGGCUUUUUUCCACUUUUUUUUUUUUUUUUAAGACACCUGGAGCAGCUGGACUUGUCCUGCGGUUGUUUAAUGGGUGUGGGAGGUGCCCACGCUCCGGGUUUUGGUGGCCCGAGACUCCCCGCCGAUGCCAGCACCCCGAAACAGCCCCAACUGGAGGAGGGGUCCUCUUAUUUUUUUUUUUUGUUUUUUUUUAAUGUAUCAGUGGUAAUGGGGCAUUUUUCAUAAACGAACAUUAAAGGUGUUGGGAGGCAGGGGGGGGUGGAGGUGGCUAUGGGGGGAGGUGGGAGGAGCACUUUUUUUAGAUUUUUUUUUUUUUGAUUAAAAUGCUUUGGGCUGA